AUGCCAACUGCCAUUGGACAUCGAAGACGACCCAGUUUUUGUGAUGAAGAGCAACUGGGAUCCACGUUCCUAUGGACGCUUCCUGACAGGGAGCCGCCCGUGUACUUCUUCGGUACUAUCCACGUUCCUUAUACCCGGGUGUGGGAGUACGUGCCGUGGGCCACCAAGAAGGCGUUCGAAAGCGCGGACAGUGUCUUCUUCGAACUGGACCUCACCGAUCCGGAAACAGUCGCGCAGCUGGCAAACUGCCAGAUGCUGCCCUCAGGCGAAACUCUGUCCGACGUUCUGCCAGGAGAUAUCUACAGGAGGUUGAAGCGACAUCUUGAUUACGUCAAAUUAAUGAUGCCCAGUUGGAUGAAAGAUGAACAUAGAGGUCUUUAUGCAGAGUACUUAUUCAAAGCGAUAGCAGGUAACUGGGAAAAGAAACGACCGGUGUGGGUGAUGCUGAUGGUCAAUUCCCUGACCGAGAGCGAUGUUCGUUCGAGGGGGAUCCCGGUGCUCGACCUCUACUUGGCCAGAGAAGCUGCCCGCCUGGGGAAGAGGGCCGGGGCAGUCGAAAGGGUGGAAGAACAGUGUCAUCCGCUGAAUGGUCUUGACGGUUCACAGAACCAGCAACUGUACUUGGUGCCAGGGCUGCGGAGUCGGAAGGAAAAUGGCCGACUCCGACCCCGACUCCGACUCCUGGAUUUUGAAGCGCCCGACUCCGACUCCAACUCCGACUCCGACUCCGGAUGUUUUUGAUUUUUUUAAUUGUAU